UUCAACCGCCAAGUAAGUUACAUUUUGCUAUGUCACGCUCAAGAAGUUUGAGCCCAGUUUAUACAUAGAAAACUGCAUCGGUGUGGUCGCAGAGACAUAUGCCGCCGGAUAUAUGAUCUGAAAUGAGAGCGUGUCGUGUUUUUUGAACGGAAUUCCUGGUGAUUUUUGAGCCGCUGUUAUUACUGUAUAGCUAACGUUACACAGUGAAGCCAGAAGCCUCAUGUUUUCGUCAAGCCAAGAGGAGCACUGCGCCCCGUCCAAAGACCCAGUGAAAUACGGGGAGCUGGUGGUGCUGGGGUACAAUGGAUCUCUGCCCAAUGGAGAUCGGGGUAGACGGAAAAGCAGAUUUGCGCUAUACAGGAGGACCAAAGCCAAUGGUGUUAAGCCAAGCACUGUGCACAUCCUUAACACACCCCAGGCCAGCAAGGCUGUGAACUGUAAAGGCCAACACAGCAUCUCCUACACGCUGUCCAGAAACCAGACUGUGGUGGUGGAGUACAGCCAUGACAAAGACACAGACAUGUUUCAGAUUGGGCGUUCCACCGAGAGUCCCAUAGACUUUGUGGUGACUGACACAAUAGCAGGAGGCCAGGAGGGAGAGGAGACUCCCAUCACACAGAGCACCAUCUCCCGUUUUGCCUGCCGGGUUGUCUGUGAACGCAACCCGCCCUUCACUGCUCGCAUCUACGCCGCUGGUUUCGAUUCUUCCAAAAACAUCUUCCUUGGGGAAAAAGCCGCAAAAUGGAAGAACCCCGACGGUCACAUGGAUGGACUAACAACCAAUGGUGUGCUGGUUAUGCAUCCCAAGGGUGGGUUCACGGAAGAGUCGAAGCCUGGCGUCUGGAGGGAGAUCUCUGUCUGUGGGGAUGUUUACACACUGAGAGAGACCCGCUCAGCACAGACCCCGGGCAAACUGGUGGAGAACGAGAGUAAUAUACUGCAGGACGGCUCCCUGGUGGAUCUAUGUGGAGCCACUUUGCUGUGGCGUACUGCAGAAGGCCUCUUCCACACUCCCACCCAAAAGCAUCUGGAGGCCCUCAGGCAGGAGAUCAAUGCAGCACGGCCUCAGUGCCCCGUAGGUCUCAACACGCUCGCCUUCCCCAGCAUGCAACGCAGCCGUGCCCUCUCUUCUCUGGAGGACAAGCAGCCGUGGGUCUACUUGGCCUGCGGUCACGUGCACGGUUACCACAACUGGGGCCACCGUUCAGAGCAGGAGCCUAACACUCAGCGAGAGUGUCCCAUGUGCCGGGUGGUCGGGCCCUACGUGCCACUGUGGCUGGGCUGCGAGGCGGCCUUCUAUGUGGACACAGGUGCGCCCACGCAUGCGUUCGUGCCAUGUGGGCACGUGUGUUCGGAGAAGUCAGUCAAGUACUGGGCGGAGAUCCCUCUGCCCCACGGCACCCACGCCUUCCACGCUGCCUGCCCCUUCUGUGCCACCCAGCUCAGUCUCACCCAGGGCUGUUCCAAGCUAAUCUUCCAGGGCCCGGUGGACUGAGCUCAAGGGUCCUGCUCUGGCAGAGAUGAUUAGACAGGAAUGCCAACAUGCUGUGAAACUGUUUCGAUUAUUUUGUGCUUUCUUUUGUUCGUGUAAGCCAGCUGUGGAAAGGAGUAAGUCCUCUCAAGUUCUGGUCACAUACUGUGGAUUCUGCACAACAGAGAGCCAUUACAGAUUGUUCAGGGCGUCUUGUGGCUGUGUGGAUGGCCACUGUGGGACACAGAGAUGUGGAGCAUACUGGACCACAAAUGCCUGGCUCCUCCAGAAUCAAAUACUGUUUCAGCUGUCCUGCCAACCAACCGCUUAAAACAAGGUUCCAGCUCUGGGCUGUUCAAAACUACAGUGGCUGCUGGUUUUCCAUCAUAGGGCCGUAGAAUUAAGGUUGUAGGAGUGAAUUGCUUUUACUCUUGAAACAGACUAAGCAGAUAACAGCGGUGUAGCUGGGUCUGUCAGGAAUAAAAAAGAGGGCGAGGUGGUUUUUACUUUAAUUCCUGGUGGGUCUGAGACAAAGUUUUUACAGAGCCAGACAGCUGGACUGUUGGCUGGGAGAAAAGCCAGGAGAAACUCGGGGUCUAACUAGUUAAGUGCUCCCCAUUGCCCUGACAGCCCUGAACCCUUAGUGGCAUCUUGAUCACGUAGCUCUCCGGAUUUGGCUUCCAUAUGCUGAACAAACUUUGCGGAGGAGGGGAGGCGGGGAGACUUUUUGUGUAUAGCGAUAUAAUCCAGUGCCUCGAAUCCCAUUAAACUGUGGGAAUAUUUUUCAUAAAUGAGAAAAGAUAUUUUGUUGAAGGCAAAAGCAGAUAGUUUUGCAAACAUAAGGUAAUGACAACCCACACGGAUUCUUCACAUUUGUAUCAGACAAAAGAGGUAUUUUACUACACUGAGGCCCUUGUACUGUUUUGUAAUGCAAAUAUUAAUAUAUUUUUCUCCUGCAUAAUGUGUGUGAGAAUGUUUGGGAGUGCGUGUGUGCAUGCAUGUGAGAUUGUGUGUGUAUGUGUGUGUGGGUUGGACUGUGUGGGUGCCCUUGGGCUUUGUUUAAAUCGCCCUGCAUCAUUUCACCCCAAUCCCCUUUCUAUGAUCUCGCCCACCACCCAAACCGCUACCAGAGAGAACGCAGGAAUUAAAUCGACCUCGCAGGGUUCGACAAUGAAUGUACUGAAAGACGUCGACUCUCCUCACUGGUGGUGCUCCAGACACACAACUUGCUUUCUCAAUGGCUUUGCUUUCAACGGUAUAGAUAAGGCCAUCAUUGGCGCUGUACUACCAUGUGCAUCAGCCACACCUGCUUGCUAGCUUGCUAGCUAGCUGUGUCCCUGCCCCACACACACGCGUACUGUAUUCAGUCUGCACUGUUGUUAGCUUUAUCCUGUGCUGGGUCUGAUCCAAUGAUUUGUACGCUGUCAAACCUGGGCACGGUCUCAGCAGCAUCCAGAGAUUAUACCAAAUAUAAGGAGGAGCUGUUUUCUCUCCACAUGCAAGAUGUAACGACCACUCUCUCUGAUCCAAAGUGUUUCUGUAAACAAUCCUAAACCCAAACUGCUGCUAUGGUGGAAUGUUGACAGCUCUGGAUUACAGUCAAGGCUGUUCAGUUGCUUGCAAACCAGCCCCAUGGGAAUAAUGAUAUUAUCGCACACCAUGCCAAAUUUGGUAAGUUCUAUUGUGUGUGGAUGAGUCAAGUUGUCCAAAACAAAAGUAGCAGAUGAAUUGAAACUAAAGAAUCUGGGACGAAUCUGUGCAUUCUUCUGUGAUGUUAGCUUACAAGACUGUGCCCAUAUGUAGAGUGUAGCCGCAGGCGUUCACUCUGCCACUUGCAAAUACGUUAUUGAGCAUUAAAAUUACGAGAUGUUGAGGGUAGCGUUCCUAUUGUAUUAUUCAAAUUUUCUUUCAGGUUGCAUUACGAUGAAUAAAAUUCAGAGGUAUAGAUGAGGGGCUCCUUGACCUCACAAAAAAGCUAUGAUCCCAGCAGCAGUGAUUGACUGCAGGGAGUAUUUUACUUUUUUUGGUUCCCUCUUAAGAGAAAGAUAACUAGCAUUCUUAAAAGCAUCAGCAGCAUUACGCUUCACUCAUACCACAGAGCAUUUCUGAAUGGCUUGAUUUCUUCAGAUUUUACGUAACUGCCAAGCAGGGUCAAGUACUAAGCCACAUACUGUACAGUAGCAUUCCUUUCCAACACUUUCAGCUCAAACACUGUGCCCAUUGCUUAAGACCGUGUUCUGUAGCAGCUGCAGAGUAGCUGCCUCAAACAUUCCUCCUUGGUAAACAUGGGUGGGGCCCUCAGUUCACCCAAGGGCUUAUUCUAUGAUUUUGUCUACUACAGGAACUCUGUACACAAGCCAUAGAACGCACUGAUGCUCCCAAUGCCUCCUUUGCAACGAAUUAAAUAUUUUUUAA